GUUGAGCCGGGGUUCUCUUGGAAACAGCCUCCCUGCUUCCAAGUAGGGGCAAGUUUAUUCCGUAGAAUAGAAUAAACUAGGUCUGGGGCGAGCGCGGUUCGCCCGGUGUAUGCUUUAAUAUGUAUGAUGUGAUGCAUGUGAUGCUUGUAUGUAUUAUUGCAUGGUGGAUGAUUGUGGCUUAGUUAUAUUUGUUGUAAUUUUAAAUACGGCCUGCGUGUCGUGCCUCAUCUCUAUACUCUGGAUGUAAUUCU